AUGGUGGUGGAAGUUGAAAGGAGCUGCCCUGCGGGGAUGCUACAAAAGCUCACUUCCUGGUUGGCAACCCGCGCCUCUUUGUUAACCAUUCGAAUUUCCAUCUUCCAGGGGGAAACCGAAACCAUAAGGGCCAUCUGCGAGGCUCUCAAGACAUCGGUAUGCCUCCAGUGUGUUGGUCUCACACUGAGGGCAGAUGACAAUGAUGUGUCCCUAGCAGCACGCAAGUCGUUGCAAAACUUGAUAGAAAACUGUGGAGCAAUCCAGCAUUUGACAAUUGGAAUGACUUACAGCGUUUUCAGAAGCAUCGCCGCCCCACCAAGACCCACCACUGAUUACUUGGAAAGCUUUCUCUUUGAUGGUUUGAUAAACACGAAAUUGGCAACCUUUGCAUACUGGGGGCCCAAUGUUGUGAGGGUUCAAAACAAAGAAAAGGCAUGGCGCGCCAUGGAACAGAACAACAACCUGAAACGUAUCGUCGCUGAAUUUGGAGACUACAGGACGGAUUCGCAUUUGCCAUUGUUGGAAGCCAAUAAAUGCUGUGGGUGGAUAAAAGAAUGGACAUCAACAUCAACAGCGAAUGGCCGGCCACAACAGCAUGGCUCCAUCUUGCAACAAGUAUUGGACUUCCCGACAUUGAGUAACUUUCCUGACAAGCUCCCCUUAUUGUAUCACUUUCUCCGGGAAAGACCAGAUGUUCCUUUGGGGCGAGCCGAGGAGGUGAUUGCUGCUGUGGGCGCCAACCCCGUGAGGCCAUGGCCAACCGACUGCAAAAUGAGUAAGCGAACUGUUACGGCCAGAAGCAGAGGCAAGAAGAAAAAGCAGCCCCUGCAGUGGUACCAUUGCUGGGGUUGUCAGACGCACCUCUAUGGAGAUGAGAGAGCGCUGAAGCAGCACCAGGAGCAGAGCAAAAGGCACAAACACGAGAAGAAGAAGAAGAAGAAGAAGAGCCGGCAGCACAAGAAACGACCCACCAACCAUGGAGUGCCUCGACACGUGAAGCUGCCGGUUAUCCAUCACUGCUGGUGUUGCAGGACAUCUUUCAUUGCAGAAGACCAUUGGAAAGAGCACUUGAAUAGCAAGGGACAUCGGCGCGGAUUGAACCAUGCAGCCCCAAGCCCGAACCAGCAAGAAGCAAAUGAUUAG